GAGCAGCUAGCUAGUAGCGUCACAUUUGUGUCGAUUGUGUCGCAGUCAUUGAUCGAUUGAAUCGAGUAAUCGUAGUUUCGAAUUGAACAUCGCCCUGGUGCCGGCUGACUCGCUCGCCAGCCUUUAGCCGUAACCGUUGGGGGUUGGGCUCGAGACUGCGGCCCAGGCUCGCCCGUUGGGGAUCUGGGGUGCUCCAAAAUGGCUGGACGGAUGCCAUUGGUGGUUAUAUUAGGCGCCACUGGCGCAGGAAAGUCCAAAUUGGCUUUGGAACUAGCACACCAUUUCAAAGGUGAAGUCAUCAGUGCUGAUGCCAUGCAAAUGUAUAGAGGUUUGGACAUUGUCACGAACAAGGUCACUCCGGAGGAAAUCGCGAUGGCUCCCCAUCAUAUGAUUGGUUUCUUGGACCCUCUCUCCAAAUGCACUGUUGUUGAUUUUCGGAAUCAGGCCUUACCCAUAGUCGAAGACCUGCUUCGCAGAAAUGUGAUGCCGGUAAUAUGUGGGGGUACAAAUUACUACAUCGAGAGUCUUUUGUGGAAAGUUCUGAUCGAUCAGGGUCUUGAUGGUUCCAAUGAGUCGGAAAUUCCAAUCCUCAAAGAGGCCAAUAAUAGACCCGAAGAUAUCCCAUCCUUGUCGUCGCCUUCUUCGAAAAGACCUAACCAUGAAAAAUUAUCAUUGCCUCUCGGGGAUUUGGAGCCAGGCGACAUAUUUGAAACCUCCACGAUGGGAGCUAGAUCUAAAGAUCUUGAUGAUCCUGACACUUCUGACGAAGUCCUCCACGAAAAGUUACGAGACAUUGAUCCAGAUCGGGCUGGACAGCUUCACAAAACAAAUCGGCGGAAGGUCCUCAGAUCAAUUCAAGUGUUUCAUCAAACGGGCAGACGACAUUCUGAAUUGUUGCGAGAGCAAAUUCAGGAUGGAGGAAAUCAUCUGGGAGGUCCAUUACGGUUUCCAAAUUUUCUGAUCCUUUGGGUUCAAUGCGAUCAGGAAAUUUUGGAUGAUAGAUGUGAUCGGCGGGUGGACAAAAUGAUUCAACGAGGAAUGAUCAAAGAGCUAGAAGACUUUCACAAGGAGUACAACCUCAAACGUCAAGAACCAGCCGAUUACACGCUAGGAAUCUUUCAAUCUAUUGGUUUCAAGGAGUUCCACAACUAUCUAAUGUUGAAAACAAAGGCCGAGAAGGAAAGCGAUUUGGGACAGAAGUACUUCCAAGACGGAGUGGAACAAUUGAAAAUGGUCACUCGAAAGUACGCCCGUAAACAGAUUAAAUGGAUGAGAAAUCGCUUUCUGGAUCCCAGGAGACAAAUUCCUGACGUGUAUGCGGUGGAUUCCUCAGACCCAAGCCAAUGGAAUGAGCAAUGCCUGGAACCAGCUUUGGAGCUUGUUCAGGCGCAUCUUGAGAAUAGAACCCCGCUAUUGAAGCCUUUGGAAAAGGUCCAAAGAGAUGUCUUAAAAGCGGAACUGGAACAAAAAAUUCUGGACUGCCCAAUUUGUCAAGUGCAGACGUUGGGACAAUCACAAAUGGAAGUUCAUUUGAGGAGCAAAGGUCACAGAGCGAAAUUGAGGCGGCUCAAUAGUCCACGAUUGCUUGUGUUCAAGAUCUCCAAAAUCAAUAAGGAUUUACAAGCCUCUAGUGAAAUGGCCCUUCUGCAAAAGAUGAAAGCUUUCACUGGCCAUGGAUUUUCAGAACUAAAGACUCAGCUUUCAGACCCGGAAGGCAUCUUUCGAGUAAGGAUUAAAGAAUGCGACGCCCUGAGAACACUAGAUGAGCUCAAGGAUCUGGGGCUGGAACUAGAGAUGAAAAGCAUCUCAAGCAAAUAACUUAAGCACCACCGACUUACCCAGACUCCCUCCUAGCACCUCAAACAAGAGUGGAUCGCAUUCCAUCUGGAUCAUAAAUCCCAGAGAUUUCGUAAUUCAGGAUGUACUCUACUUUUCUCUUAAGUGGGUUUUUUUACCACUCAUUAGCGGAAUGUUCCUUUUACCGGACGUUGGAUUGGCGCCACACAGCCACACGCCAGUUUCAAAUGUCAAGCACUAGCAUGGCUUACCUCCAUUUGGUUUUGGUUUUAAACCUUUCUAGUUCGAACUGGAUCUGAGGCUUAAUAGGGCCAGCUGAAAUACGUCCUCUUUCUUUUCGCGCCAAAACAACGCGAGGCUUGUGAUUGGUCAUUGACUUUUGCUUCGCUGUGCUGAUUGGCUAAUCUGGUUUCAAUGGAAAUACACAUCUCAAGGUUGAACUAC